UAUACAUAACCUAAUACUUUAACCCAUCUUUAACCUCAAAAAUUCAAUAUUAUUUAAGCUUUGCAGCUUAAUAGAAUGAUUAGAACAUAUGCAUUUUUAGCAAAAACGUCAUCCCAAAUAUUAAAUUCAGCAUCUUACAGUUCUGUACAAGUUGCACAAAAAUGGGAUUUAUUUGCUGCAGUUUGUUUAGAACGUUGUCCGAUUAUAACACCGCCACUAAGUGAUAUUGAAGUGAAAGUUAAAAAAAUGUUUGCAGAUAUUGAACUAGAGCGAAGUUAUAAAAAUGACUGGGAGCUAAGACAUGAACAGGAACAAAACAUAAGUCAGCAGCUUAAAAAAGGAGAAGAAGUAGAGGUUUCAACUUUACAAACGGUUCAAGAUUUUAUUGAUGCAGCAACUGAAGCCAGAUCAAAGUUUAAGGAAGCUGAUAGAUUGACAGAAGCAGAUAAAGCAAAUGAUGUUACUUCUUUAUCUAGAAAAUUAGACAAGCAUCUGGUUCUUCUGGUACAGCACAAUUUGAAUAAUAAAAAUUACUAUUUAUUACCCCAAGGCAAGCGAAAAGAGGGUGAAACUUUACGACAGACUGCUGAAAGGAUUUUAAAAGAGAGUUGUGGAACAGAAAUCAGAGCUCAAUUUUUUGGAAAUGCACCUGCAGGGUUUUAUAAAUACAAAUACCCAAAUGAAAUUAGGAGCAAAACUGGUUCAGUGGGUGCUAAGAUUUUCAUAUACGCAGCUCAUCACAAGGACGGACAAGUUAACAAAAAGGAUUCUAAGUUUAAAUGGUUAGACAGACACGAAUUAGAAAAGGAAUUGCCCGAUAAUUAUCAUAAAAGUGUUUCGGCAUUUUUAAUAGAUGAAUAAGUUUAAAGUGUAAUUAUAAUUUGUUAAAUUCAUAAAAUACAUUAAUAAAUUUGUUUUUUAUCUGUA